GUUGACCAUCUCGCCGCCACUCGACCCAUCUUCAUUAGAUAACCUCUCACUUCACUGCUCGUUCCUCGAAUCCGACUUCUAAAAAAGAAAGAAAAACCAAAAAAACGAGAUUCGUAUCGAUUCGAGAUGGGAGUCCCAAACUCAAGAGCCUCCCUACUCAGUCUAGUCUCACUCAAACGACAGCCCAACCAGAAAUCGAUUCGAACGAUCAAGUUCAAGUUACUCAGACCAGCCUCAACCACUACUAACAGCCCAUCAACACCAACAACAACCAGUUCAACUAACUCACAAUUACAUCAUCAUCACCACCACCACCAUAAUACGAAGAAGAUCCCCAUCAGCCAUCGAUCACUAACCAGUCUACCACCUAAUCACCAUCAACUCUCCUUCUUCGACCCAUCAGCCAGCCUCAACUCAUCCGAAUGUACUCCAGCUCAUCAGAUCUUUCAACCUAUCGAUCCAUCUGUCUGUCAACCUUCAUCAGCAUCCUGUUCUACCUCCCCCCAAUCUCGUUCCCCCUCAACCACUUCAAAUCAAUCCGGAACGAGAUCUACUCACUCCAACUCAUCCGGUCAGACCUCCUCAACCCUCCUCAACCACUCAUCCGAACCAGAUCCUACUCACGACUAUCAUCAACUCAGCAGUAGAUCAACAACCUCUCAUCUCUCCCCUCAUAGCCAAUUCAGUCCACUCAAUCUCUACGGGCACUCUCAUCCAACUCAGACAAAUCAACAACUAGAACCUUCCAAAUCUUCACUCCUCCAGAAAAAGAACGUCUUCGUCUUCAGGAAUGGUGCAAGUGGGAUCCCCAAGAACCGUUUCCAUGGAGGCGCCGGCGGUGGUGGUGCUAAUAACAAUAACAACAGCAGCAGCAGCAGCAGAAGUUCACCCAAGGAUAUCAAUGCCAAUAUUGAAGCCGAGAAGCAGUUAAAUCCGAUGAGCAGUGUUCAGGUUGGAGAAGAUUCCUACUUCCUGAGAUCUGAUAGUUUGGGUGUCGCCGAUGGGGUUGGUGGCUGGAGUGGAAAACCGGGGGCAAAUCCAGGGCUGUUUUCGAGCAAAUUGAUGCAUCAUUGCUCGACAGAGGUCUCUCGAUACGAAGAUAUAGACGAUGUUCGCUUUCUCUCAUACAACGCAAUCGACCCUGUUGACAUCCUACAGCACGCCUUCGAGCGCUCAAUCCAUGAAUCAAAACUAGAAGGCUUAUUAGGUUCGACAACUGCUCUGAUUGCCAUCCUUCGAGAUGAUGAGUUGAGAAUUGCCAAUCUUGGAGAUUGUUGUUGCUCAGUUAUUCGCGGAAAUGAUUUCAUCUUCAGGAGUGAGGAACAGCAACAUUCUUUCAAUUAUCCGGUUCAGAUUGGUACCAAUUCCAAAUCUACACCCGCAAGGGAUGCUCAGCGAUACAACAUCAAAGUUCAAAAAGAUGAUAUUGUAAUCUUGGGUUCGGAUGGAUUGGCGGAUAAUCUGUUUGAUGAAGACAUUUUAGAAGAGGUGCUGAAGUUUACGACGAUCUCAAAAGAAGACUCUCUCAAUCCCGGCGAUGGCAGAGCCGCAGUUUCACGGUCGUUCACCCCGCAAAUGAUCUCUGAGUCACUUUGUUUAAAAGCCCGAACGGUAGUCGAAGAUCAACAAGCAGUCACUUCUCCCUUCUCACAACGAGCUAACGAGGAAGGGAUUCAUUAUGUUGGUGGAAAGAAUGACGAUAUCUCGGUCUUGGUAGCUAUUGUUGGCGAUCGAAAUGAUUCGUAGCUUCAGAUGACUCCCCCUUUUUUUGGUUACAAAUCUCUUUCACCCUUCUUGGCAGCUUGAAGAAGCAUUAAUACAUACCGUUUCCAUCCCUUUCUUGUCCUUUUACCUAGAAAUUGGAACUUGAGUCAAAAGUCGAUUUUUUUUUUCAAAAACAAACAAGAAAAACCCCUUCUUCCCUCUACUCUUCUAUGUCCCUCUUAACAAUUCUAUCAGGUGCAAUCUGUAGCCUUCCAAAUCCUAAAAUCAAAACAUUGGUAUACAUAUACAACAACUUGUUUGUUCUCUUCCUUUGCUCUUCCACAUCAAACCGGACCUAAAAACACAUGCUUACAGAUCAAGCAGUCCAAAACAAUGGUGGCACUGAUUUGAAGGUUUCAGUGUCGUAUUGACUGAAUUCUUCCUUGUGUCAGCUCACUCUAUUCUUUCUCUGCUAUUUCCCCCCUUUUACCUCUUCUCUUGGCUGUUUAAACAUUUCAUCUUUUUAGGCUGGUGAUUAAUUGCAUGAAUCUGUAUCUUGUAGUGGUGUUCUCCUAGAAUUCUUCAGUGUUCUUUUCUGUAGCCUUUUCCUUUUUUUGUCUUUGAGGUGUUAAGGUUGAUGGGUUGUGCUUUUCUUUUGUUGUUGUUGAGGUCUCAAAAUGAAAAACCAUCCCUUUUUGAUCAAGAUUUUUGGUUGAG